AUGUCUCAACCCAACUCGCAAAGCACCCUGGGAGAACCCGCCGAGAUCGUGCCUUCAACCCCAGUCCGUCGGGCCACUUUGUCGCCUUCGCCAGAUCUCACCGCCAUGGCCAAGCGCCCAUCAUCCCAGUCGGAUAAGAAGUUCGUUUCGCCCCCGCCUUUGUCGUCAUCAGACAUGACUCCUCCACCCUCAACUCAGAUUCCGGGUGCCCCGCUUCGAUCUCGCUCACACUCCCGCUCUUUGAGUCCUUCGUUGGUCACACCGGCCGACUUAGAUAAAUCUUUGUGCGAUGCGUAUGGUGCUUCCGAGAACCUGCCUACCGCAGAGGAAAUUGAUCAUGCCAGCGAAGCUCAAUUGCGCAUCAUUGCCAAGGACCUUCUAGCGAUUGCGCAGGAAUCGCGCAUGUCUGCGCUACACUUCAAGUUGCAGAAUAGCCUGGUCUCAUUUGCAAGCAAUGAAGCCGUGAAGCGCGCCGAGGUCGAGCACCAACUCGCCAAGCGCGAAGUUGAAAUCCUGCAGAGCGCCGAGUACCGCGGUCGCUCGCACCCUGCGGAGCCUACCACACCCAGACCGUCCCAGUCUGUCGUGAACAAUGACUACCUCGAGGCUCUCCGGCGGUCGCAAGAACUAGAAAAGCUCAACACAGUUCUGGACAGCAGGCUUCGGAAGGCAAAGCGCGCGAUUGAUGAUGCUACCGCUCAAUCUUUGGAACUCAAGGAGCAAAACGAUAUGUUGAAGAGACGCAUCGGGGACAAUCGCAAGCACUUCUCUCAAAUCUUCAACUACGGCAGUACGUCACCAGGCACGCAGAAUGAGCUCCACAGUAUCUGCCACGGCGAACACACCGAUGGUCUUGCUGCUCUUCUCUACGCCGACAAACUCACCAACCAAACACAUGCUUACGGCGGUCACUCUGUCACCUCCGUUCCUGUUACCCCCAACCACCCCAAAAGCCAAUACCUAUCGCCCAGAGGACCUCCAAGAGACGAUCAUUACGACAGCGACAGCACUGUGUCGCUCUCUGCCUCUGAAGCUCCGGAAGAUGGACUGGACACCUCGCACCUUCACAUGCGUUCCACUGUUCCCAAGAGCAGCACCUUGCUUCAGACCAAGCUGUUUGGUCAGGUGAAGAAGCCUGGCGUGGAACGAUCUCGCCCCGGCAAGCGCAAGGCAGGCAUCGAGGCUACUGGACCCACUUCUAAGAAGUCCAGGGCCGGUGACGGUAUUGGCUUGGGCAUCAACGCCUAA